GGAAAAGAUGCCCAAAAUCCUUUCCUAAGACAGGAAAAUACUCCAUCAUCCUCCAGUGUUUGCUGCAGGCGGUUGACGCAUCAGCUGCAUAGUUGACGGCACCGGUCGGGCAGUAGGUGAUCAGCUGGGACCUACUUCCAUUUUUCCUGACAUUUGGCUUUUUGAGCAGAGGGGCCCGAGCCGGGAAAACUAAGAUGGGGGCUGGAGCGAGCGCCGAGGAGAAACGCUCCAAGGAGCUGGAGAAAAAGCUGAAGGAGGAUGCCGACAAGGAUGCAAGAACUGUCAAGCUGCUGCUGCUAGGUGCUGGAGAAUCAGGCAAAAGCACAAUCGUCAAACAGAUGAAAAUUAUCCACAAAGAUGGUUACUCACUUGAAGAGUGCUUGGAGUUCAUUACCAUCAUCUACAGCAACACCCUUCAGUCCAUCAUGGCCAUCGUGAAGGCCAUGACCACACUCAAUAUUAACUUUGGCCACCCUGAUCAGCAGGACGAUGCCAGGAAACUCAUGCACCUUGCAGACACCAUUGAGGAAGGCACCAUGCCUAAAGAGCUGUCAGACAUCAUUUUGCGCCUGUGGAAGGACUCUGGCAUUCAGGCGUGCUUCGACAGGGCCUCAGAGUACCAACUCAACGACUCCGCUGGAUACUACCUGAAUGACUUGGAGCGACUGGUCCAGCCAGGGUACGUGCCCACCGAGCAGGAUGUGCUGCGAUCAAGAGUGAAGACCACUGGUAUCAUUGAGACCCAGUUCGGCUUAAAAGAUCUGAAUUUCAGAAUGUUUGAUGUGGGUGGCCAGAGGUCAGAGAGGAAGAAGUGGAUUCACUGUUUCGAAGGUGUGACCUGUAUCAUCUUCAUUGCUGCUUUGAGCGCCUACGACAUGGUGCUGGUGGAGGAUGAUGAAGUGAAUCGAAUGCACGAGAGUCUGCACUUGUUCAACAGUAUCUGCAACCACCGCUACUUCGCCACCACCUCCAUCGUACUCUUCCUCAACAAGAAAGACGUGUUCCUUGAGAAGAUCAAGAAAGCUCAUCUCAGCAUGUGCUUCCCUGAAUACGAUGGACCCAACACCUACGAGGAUGCUGGAAACUACAUCAAAGUGCAGUUUUUGGACCUGAACAUGCGCCGAGACGUCAAAGAAAUCUACUCUCACAUGACCUGUGCCACAGACACAGAAAACGUCAAGUUUGUGUUCGAUGCCGUAACCGACAUCAUCAUCAAAGAAAACCUGAAAGAUUGUGGUCUCUUCUAAGAGCCACGCUCAGGGACCCAAUGACGGGUGCUGUUGUCGCCCCGUCAGACUCCACAAAUCCCUCCUCAAUUGAAGCUGAGGACCCAAGAUGAGAAACUGUCCCCGAAAAUAUCAAUUCUCAAACAGGCGAACGCAAAGAAAUAAAAAAAUCAAUUUGUUGUGUUCAAAAAAAAGUUGUAGCUUUGACCAAAGACUUCAGGUCAGACUCAGACCAGAAGACAGCUCAGAUUAAGUCAGAAACUUCUGUGCAGAUUUCAGAUGAGUUGAACUUUAGUCAAGCUAACUUUUCUCACGAGUCUCUUGAACUUGUCUUCGGAGGGGUACGCAAUCUGUAGUUAACACAUCAAAAGCUUCUGUCAGCAUAAAGUGAUUUCUUCUCACAUGUAUUAAUGUGAAUAGAUGUCAGGCUAACGCAUUCGCUCUAUGCUCCAGUAACUGGUCAGUAUAUACCGCCAAAAAUAAAAAAAUAAAAAUAAAAAAAUAAAAAAAGCAAACAAGAUGGCCUCACCACCUGCAAACGCACUUCGACCUCUGUUAGAGAUUUAAAAAGAACUUGUCACUAGAAACACCACAGAGCAGUUUGAGACACAACUCAGGCAGGUUACUCACUGAAUUUUUAAGUAAGAAAAUUAAACUUUUUUUUUUUUGCAAUAGUUUAAAGGGCCGUUGUAUAUAACUAAACUGAUUCCUAUUGGACAGUUAAAUGAAGUGUGGUGAUACCAUGUUGAUCUGUGACACUUUUGAGUGGUAGAUGUAAUAUACUUCAACUUAAAAAUUCGAAAAGUUAACUGAUGCUACAGGCCUUUGAGCCAACGAUCCUGUACAGAAACCAAUAAGUGUAAACCUCGACUAAACCUAUUAAAGCUUCUGUAGAAAACUGAGUACUUUUCCAUUUUUUCACAAAUAAAAAGCAACACAGCAA